GUAAAUCCGGAAAAUAUGUACAACUCUUAUGGUCUGAAAGACAUUCCGAGUCUCUCGCCGUCGGUAUCAUUCCAGUCGACAGAUUUACGCGAAAGAAGUUAUAGCAGCGGAAGAAUUAGCGAUCGCUUCAGAAAGAGGUUCAGUAGUAAAGAGUCGCUCAUGAAGACGGAUUUGCCCGAAAUCAUAACCUCUUCGUGCGGUUCGUUACCACAAUCGGAGAGUAUCUUAAAUCCGGCGAAC